GCCGGUUGCCGCGGCGCGCGAUCGUGUCGCUCGACCCCGCUCUCCCCACGUGUGCAGUGCUGUGAAAAACUGUGAUGGUGUUAGUGUUGUAGGAAUUGUUCCAUGUUCUAUGGCAGCCUGCCGAUGUAAACACACGCCCGAAAUGAGAUGAGCAUGCGCGUGGCUUGGGCCAGGUGGUACUGGAUAGUGAUCUUCACGACGUGCACCGCCAGGACUGCCAGCGACUGGCUCGACUGCGCCCGGUUCGCCGCCUGCGUCUGCAAGUGGUCGUCCGGCAAGAAGACCGCCACCUGCGCCUCCAGCGACCUGCGCCGGCCCCCGCCGCUCUCAUCCGACAUCCAAGUACUAGACAUACACGACAACCCGAUCAGAAACCUCCCCGCUGAAGCUUUUGCAAAUAUCGGCCUAUUAAACCUGCAGAAAAUCAACUUACGGGCCACUAAACUUCGAUCGCUCCAUGCGGAUGCAUUUCUCGAAUUAAGAAUUCUGAUUGAAGUCGAUUUGGCUGAAAACGACCUUUCUAAUCUACCGAGGGACAUAUUCAGAGGCAACGAAAGACUGCGCUUGGUAGUUCUGACCAACAACCCUUUGACGACAUUAAUUGCAGACCAGUUCCCGCCUUUGCCGCAUCUGCGCAUGCUUUUAUUAGACGGUUGCCGGCUGCGGACGAUACAUAGAAACGCUUUACGGAAUUUAAAGUCUUUGGAGAAAAUAGAUUUGCGUAGAAAUCAGCUUACAUUCCUUCGUUACAGUACGUUCUCUUUGCCGACUUUGAAAACGAUUUCUUUAUCAGGCAAUCCGUGGCGAUGCGACUGCCGUCUGCGUGAAUUUAAAGAUUGGUUUUUACUGAGGAAGUUAGAUACAGAGGAAUUAGUUUGUGUGGAGCCUUCCACAAAGGCGGGGAACAAGUGGAGGAGUGUUUCUAACGAGAGCAUGGUGUGCGCGCCCGAGGUGCGCUCCAGCACGUUGGUUGUAAGAGCCGAAGUCGGAGUGGCCACUUCCUUCGGCUGCUGGGUUCACGGGAUUCCAAAACCUCAAGUAACAUGGUUAUUUGAUGGUGUAGAUGUACAUAACAGUAGUUUAGAUUGCGAUUUGGAAGAAACGCAGACAGAUAUAGAAGAUGAUGAUUCCGAUGAAAGAGUACCAGGCAGCGUAAGAUGGGUGAAUAUCACGCUGUUGAAUGUGACUUCCAGUGCGGCCGGAGAAUGGUCGUGUGUAGCGAAAAGUAGCGCCGGAGAAGCGAGAGCGAUAAUUAGUCUCGUGUUACCUCGAUCCCAAACGGCUACAGCAAGAACUGCUCCCGGCAUUCCUCAACUUCUAGGCGUCGUUUUUGGUGCAUUAGGCAUCUUAGCGUCCCUCGGCUUUUUAGCAGCUGUAGCUUGCUGGAGAUUAAGACGACGAACAGUUCCACCUAGCAGAAGCUUCACUGACCAAGAAAAGAGAUUACUAGACGCCUCAGUGGUCGUUAGUUGCGAUCGCUCUAUAGGUGACAUGGCGUCGCCCUGCGAUUUUGAACUGACAGAAAGAUCAGGUGACGACCAACCUAGAGGUUGCGGCUUCGACCCUGUACAUAUAACUAUAGAAGGUACGCCUGGCGCCUUUCCUCCUCCGCCUGCAGAAUUCGCUGUCCCAGUUCCGUACGGAAACAUUUUUAUAUCAGUUCAAGUAGCAGGAAGAGUCGGUGAGCCGGGGAAGUACCCUGAUCUACUGAGUGGAGGAGCGACGUUGCCACGUAGAAGUAGGACAUGCUGCACUGCACCAGCGUAUGAUAAUAUGGGACCCAGAGUGACAGCAACGGGGAGUUCUUCAACAUGGUCUUUACCCGGACCUAGCGCAGAGAAUGGUGGAGUGGACAAUACAGAGACCCCCGUGCUGACCUUACCGCCUCCGCCGCCUGAGUUUGUGUCCCUCUAGCCUCGGCCCCUGGUACUGGACGCCUCUGCCCUGAGGUGACCUGGUACCACACGGACUUACGGUCAAUUAGACUUUUCUCAAAUUUCGUCAUUAUAAGAUUAUUAAGUUUUUGUAAAUAGUUAAUUGCUAAGAGGGAGAUGUGUGACAUCCUGUGAGAUUUAAAUACGUAAGGUUGUUAUCACUAUUGAUGAUGAUGAUGAAUGAAUGUUAUUUAUCAUUAUUAGUUAGAGUAAAUCUUGUUGCUGAUAUGUUGGGAUUUUAUUGGAGUAAGAAUCUAGUCUUUGCGUUGAUUUCCUAGGACGUUAUUUUUAAAUACUUUUUGCAUAUGUGUGUCUUCCCAACUUUUGUAAAUAGAAUUAUUUAUUACUUAUAAACUUCCCAAACAUAAGACUGACCCUUUUGUCUUGUUUUCGUCUAUCUUUAUAUCUUUAAUGA